AUUCGUUCCCAUCCCUACUUAAUACAUAUUUUACUUCCGAUCCGUUUAGUAGAAUGGAGCGCCGUUAAGAAACAUUACGAAGGCGCAAUUUGUCAAGUAAACAGACUUUUUGCUGAAGAUUUCGAUGGCAACUUUACAUUUGUCGUGACUGGAAGCAGAGCUGAAGGAUACGCUAUUCCUGUACAUAUACCAACGACAGUAACUAGAAAGGAGGAUCUGUUCCUUGGGGACUUAUCAGAUGUAGAUAUAUUGCACAUUAACAAAAUGAUUCCAGUUUCAACGAAGAAACUUCAGGACAACCACGGUACAAACUUUAAAGCAUAUCUGGAUUAUGACAAUGUUCAUCCCGGAUAUGCUCGUAUUUGUAUACCAGGUAUAAAACAAGAUGAUGAUUCGUUUGUUUUUGAUGGUGACGUUGGGAAGCAGUAUCUUAGUAGUACCAGAUACAUGAGAAAGCUGGUUUCUAACCUAUUUAAAUAUGACAAAGAAGAAACCACAGAAGUCACGAUUCAAGGACCAGCAAUAACAUUAGAUAACCAUAUUAAGUUAACUGCCGCAAAUAUGAAUACACCAGAUGGCACCGUACCUACAGAUUUGGUUUGUGCUUUACCCUGUUUACCAUGGCCUGAAAUUGCGAAUUCAAUAAAAGACCGAGCAGUUAAGUCAGAGUGGUUGCAGUUUCCUUUUGUUGAUUCGAUUGUUAAUGAUGGUUGUCAUAUUGUUGCGGUUCCAUCCAAGAGCAGUAAGAAACCAGAAUUAGAGUGGAGAAUAUCAUUUUCAGCGUCUGAGGGCAGACUGGCACGCGAGGUUGUCACCGAUAAGUUAAGACAAUGUUACGUGUUUUUGAAAAUUCUACGCUAUCAAAGCAUGAAAUCAAAAUCUAUUUUGUCUUCUUACGUAUUCAAGUCUGUAUUUCUACACUGUUGUGAACAGUUACCUGUUCACUACUGGAAAUACUUUCCGGGGAAUUGCGUACUAUAUAUGUUGGAUGUUCUGCUGGAAUGCUUGGAGAAAAAACACGUACCGACAUAUUUCCUUCCAGAAAACAAUCUAAUAGACCAUCUUACUGACGACGAAAUAACAACAGCAAUAUCGGCUGUGGAGAAACUUCGGCUAGAUCCUAUAACACCUAUUUUAGUCUUCAUGGAAGAUAAGAUGUUUGCCUGUCAUUGUAUCAAGUUAAAGUUUAGAACAAUGGUCAAACCACUUUUAGAUGAUAUAAAAGAAUAUUGACAACACAAAAAUAAGGUAAAAUCGAUUGAGAAGGGAAUUAUCACGACAUAUUACUUAAUAUGCAUUUCACUGCUCAAGGAACAGUCGGAUGACAAAGACGGGGAACUGCAGAAACAUCAAGAAGCAGUGCAUUUCAUAGAAGAUGAUGUGUAUACAAAUUGGAUCCAACCAUUGAAAGUCUACGAGUCUUUGAUUCAUUGUCUGAAUUCGUUUGGACUUGCAAUUAAAGACAUCGAAUUGUCAAUGAAAUUCUUUGAAGCAGUCGUAAGCUUGUCGGCUGAGAAUCCUGAACAUUUAUCAUGUCGUGGCAAUCUUGCGUGUAUUUAUCAUUCCGUCGCAUACGAACAUACAUUUGGAUCAGUGCUAAGAAAGGAGUAUUUAGAUAAAGCUGGUGAAAUGUUCAAACAGGUCUAUAACGAAGACAGAAGCAGUUCCAUUGAUUAUGUAACUUUCCUUGUGAAACGAAAUCAAUUCGAAGAAGCAAGACGAAUACUUGAAGAUAUGACAGAUAAAGGAAACAUCACUAACACUGAUUAUAUGUAUGACUCACGGGAGUGUGAAACGUUAGAAGAUCCACUGAAGACUCAUGUUCAAAAACACGGACAAAUACGUGGCGAUACUUUGUCGUUUGCAUACUUUUAUAUAGUCAAAUGUCUUCUUGUCAUUGAGAAGGACCCAAGGCGUUCUUCUCUGAUUACAGCAACAUUGAACAAAUUUAGCGCGUACUGUCACGAUAAGAAAAAUGAAAAUUUGUUUAUUUUACUGAAAUAUGCCAACGAAAUAGCAGCGCAAAUCUCCAUGGCAAAUAAUUCAAAUGAUGUAACUGUUCUACUGAAAUCUCUUCUUGAAGGAGUAAAAUUGUCUUUAGA